UUGCCUCAAAACCGAUUCAGUUCACUGUCAUUCACAACCCGACAAGGUGAGACAACAGAACACAUCGCUGAAUGAAGAAAAACUCAUCUAUAGAAUCGCACUUCGGAAUAGCCUAAAAUAAGACUGAGCUUUUAUGCACGGGAAAGUUACUACUCUUCAACUUUAAUCGUCGGACAUGCCACCUCAAAUGGAUUAUUAUUGUGAAGAAUCCCGCGUCCCCUCUUCAUGCGGAUUGAUAAACCAAGAGGCCGGGUUGGAGAGGGAGUCAGCGCCGGCGUUGGAGAGGGAGUCAGCGCCGGGGUUGGAGAGGGAGUCAGCGCCGGGGUUGGAGAGGGAGUCAGCGCCGGGGUUGGAGAGGGAGUCAGCGCCGGGGUUGGAGAGGGAGUCAGCGCCGGGGUUGGAGAGGGAGCCAGCGGCUAUCAGCUGUAUGCUGGUGGGGGACGGGGCGGUGGGAAAGACAAGCAUGAUAGUCAGUUACACCAGCAAUGGAUACCCCACGGAAUACAAACAGACGGGCUUUGAUGUCUUUUCAGGUCAGGUCCAAGUAGGAGGAGCCUCAGUCAGAAUACAACUACUGGACACAGCUGGACAGGAGGUGUUUGACGAUUUCCGCUCCCUCUCCUACUCCCACACGGAUGUCUUCCUGCUCUGCUUCAGUGUGGUCAACCCCACCUCCUUCCACAAUGUCACCCACAAGUGGAUCCCAGAGAUCCGAGCCUGCAACCCCUCAGCUCCCAUCAUCCUCGUGGGCACCCAGUCCGACCUCCUGCUGGACGUCAACGUCCUGAUCAACCUGGCCCGCUGCGGGGUCAAACCGGUGCUGACCAAUCGGGCGCGGAGCGUGGCGGUGAAGAUCAGAGCGGCGGACUAUGUCGAGUGUUCUUCGCUGACGCAGAAGAACUUAAAAGAGGCGUUCGAUGCGGCCAUCUUUGCUGCCAUCAAACACAAGGCCAGGAAGGAGAAGAAGAGGCAGCUGUCGGACAGACGCAGCAAGGCCUUCUCUAAAUGCAGCUGGAAGAAGUUAUUCUGUUUUAUCUGAGAUGAGAUCCCAUGGGUCCUGGACAGAAUAAUGACUAUUAUUAUUUAUUAACUUAUGAAGACUUACUAAGAACUUGUAGUUUUGGAAUCGUCCCAGAAUUGGUAAAUGAACUGAGUUCUACUAGUAGUCCUGGACUGAAGACAGUGGUAUAGCAUACUUCACUAGCCCUUACAGGUCACCAAGUAAGAACGGGUACUGAAGCGUAAUAAAGACAAGAGAAAAUCAAAACCAAGGACAUUGAGUAUAUCUUGUCAGUGGGACAAGGCUGUCAUGUAAAUGUUGUGAAUUCCUUUGCAUGGUCUGGAUUGGUGCCUUCUCCAACCUGAGAGCUUACUGCGCUGCCUCUGUGGGAUAGUCAGAGAGUCAGUGGGUUGUGAGAGAGAAGGAUAUUUUUUUUUAGGUCGUCAGGUGUUGGUUGUUAGCCUUUUCUCAUUUGCAUUUUUGCUGCCCAGCCACACAAAACAAGGCCUAUUCAUAUUCAACAGUGUAUGUAGGCUGAAUUCACAGCGCUAGGCUAGGUGCUACCUUGGUUGUUAGCUAGGCUAGGUGCUACCUUCUUACCUGUGUGACCUGGGAAUGGCGUCCACAGGCCAUUGUGUUGGUUAGGGUGGCACGUAGCCUAGCGGUUAGGGCAUUGGGACCAGCCACCGAUGAGGUAAAAAAAAUCACACGGCACUUUUUAUUGACUUUAUUUUUUAUUUCACCUUUAUUUAACCAGGCAGGCCAGUUGAGAACACCUUUAUUUAACCAGGCAGGCCAGUUGAGAACACCUUUAUUUAACCAGGCAGGCCAGUUGAGAACACCUUUAUUUAACCAGGCAGGCCAGUUGAGAACACCUUUAUUUAACCAGGCAGGCCAGUUGAGAACACCUUUAUUUAACCAGGCAGGCCAGUUGAGAACACCUUUAUUUAACCAGGCAGGCCAGUUGAGAACACCUUUAUUUAACCAGGCAGGCCAGUUGAGAACACCUUUAUUUAACCAGGCAGGCCAGUUGAGAACACCUUUAUUUAACCAGGCAGCCCAGUUGAGAACACCUUUAUUUAACCAGGUAGGUCAGUUGAGAACAAGUUCUCAUUUACAACUGGGACCUGGCCAAGAUAAAGCAAAAGCAGUGUGAAACAAACAACAACAACAGAGUUACACCUGGAAAUAAACAAACGUACAGUCAAUAACACAAUAAAAGGAAGUCUAUAUACAGUGUGUGCAAAUGGCGUGAGGAGGUAAGGCAAUAAAUAGGCCAUAAUUGCUCCAGGGUCGCGACCCCACUCUCCGAGGGUGUCUCAGGGAGAGUUGGGAUGUGCCAAAAACCCACAUAGGACAAAUAGGAAACAGGACAAAUAUAAACACCCACCAAAUGAAUGAGUUCAACUGCUCUAUCUUUAGGCGCCAUCUUUUCUUGCAGCCUAAAUGCCUCCGCAGAAUGUUCUGUUGGGUUUGCAGCCUAAAUGUUCUGUUGGGUUUGCAGCCUAAAUUCCUCUGCAGAAUGUUCUGUUGCGUUUGCAGCCUAAAUGCCUCUGCACAAUGUUCUGUUGGGUUUGCAGCCUAAAUGUUCUGUUGGGUUUGCAGCCUAAAUGCCUCUGCAAAAUGUUCUGUUGGGUUUGCAGCCUAAAUGCCUCUGCUGAACGUUCGGUUGCGUUUGCAGCCUAAAUGCCUCUGCUGAACGUUCGGUUGCAUUUGCAGCCUAACAGUUCUCCACUAGGAGAAGUGAAUGUCUGUGCCUCGCAUACUCCCUUAAAAUACAUUUUCUUGAAAAACUGCAAUAGUACUCUUUGUCCCUCUUGAGACGCCGUAGCCAGUAUACACUUCCUCAAAAUAAUCAGAAUUAAUUGAAGAUAACUCAAGAAAUCUGUAAUAAAUUUACACGGUUUUUUUCAGAGGGGGUCUUAGUCACGCAAUUUUGCAUUUAACUAAGAUGUUUGGUUCAGUAUUUCUCUAGGAAAUGAGUCGUCUCAUUGAAUGACAACCAUCACUACAUUGAAGAAUCCCUACUGUUGACCAAUCACCGACCAAAAGGAGUAGACUUCGGCUACCGAACUUCGGCUUGCCUCAAGAAAAAUGUUGUGUGCACGAACAGACGAAAAAGACCAAAACUAACCGAAACGUGGGAAAAAAAUGGCAUCGUAACAUAGUAUACACGGAAACUGUUUCGGAUGGGAAGCAUGCAGAUGUCUCUUAACCAGAUCUCCCCCCCCCCCAUCUUAAUCAGUGUAAAGCCAGCAGGCAGGGUAGAGAAGCUAGAGAGUAAUCCAACCUUACCCUGGCCCAGGAGAAAUCCCCAGCCCACUGUCUCUGUUUUAGUUUUAGCCUUUCUUUGUUUACAUCAGUAGUGAGUAGAGACUAGAAAACCCCAGGCAAUAGAAACCCUAAGAUCGCCCAGCUCCGUUAACCUCCAGUGAAUGAAACACCCCUCUUGUCUCUGUCUGAUUGUGCUCCUCACUCUCGAUCUCCAGCCGAUUCAACCCUACUGCUCUAUAGAAUACACAGUGUACAUUAUAGUAGGCUAAAUAGUUCCUCCUUGAAUGUUAACACUCACUUUAAAUAGCCUGGGUGCCCGUCUAGCUCUGUGGUUUAUUGGACAGGGAUGUUAUUGCCAGACCGAUGGUGACUGUCAGUCCUAGCUUGUUUCUAGAGAUGAGGGUUGGUAUCCAGGCUAUAUGCUGGUUAUGCUUCUCGUGGAAGAGCUCAUGUGAAUUUGAUAUAUAUUUCUGUUUGUUUUAAACAGUUCAUCAAACAUUUUUUUUUUUUUGGUCUGCAAUGUUACAGGUGACAAGGAAUUUUCACCAUAAUGCUUCUAAAAGCUGUGAACAGUUUACCUUUGGGGAAUCGCAUAUUUCUGUCACUAAUCUUUUAAACCAAACCCUCUGUCAAUACUUUGCUUUUUCAUACUGUGUUUGAAUGAAGCAAUGGAAAUAAAUAAUUUUAACAAAUCCAAAUGUAUAUUAUUUUGU